UGGAUGUGGAAGAUCUUUUGCUCCGUCUGCGGCCACAGCUCCCAGCAGCGGAUCGCGGUGACAGAGAGUGUGUGUCUGUGUGUGUGAGAUGGGGAUUAUUCUCAUUUCACAGCAGAGGACAGAGGACGAGCCUUUCUGGACACAACACCUCCCCCUCCUUCCUCCUCCUCUUUCUACAGCAACAUAGCAGAGGAUUAGAAGAAACUAAUACUUCAUCGGUGACAUUAACCAAAGCUUCAUCUGUUCACACGCUCACGCGGACGAAGAGGGGAGAUCAUCAGCGCCGCAGCAGCGGAUCCCUCGGCUGUCAGACGCAGAGGAAUGAUAAUUAGAAAGAGAUUGACUCGGCAGCAAGAAGAGGAGAGGACCCGGCCUGCAGCAGCGAGGCGAGCCGAGGAAUACGUGAAGACGGAGAACGAGAACAGAAGGAGGGAUUGAAGUGAUCGUAAUCUGGUGAAGAGGAAAAAGAAGAGAGCGAAACCUCGGAGCAUCAGCAGCACUUCUUUUUUUUUUUUCUGAGAGAGAUGAUGGUGACAGCAGCGUCAGCGAAGGAGGGGAGAGAGGGAUGAGCUUGGAUCAAUAAUCCUCCCUCCUCCUCCUCCACCUUCAUCCCUCCAUCACCUCUGCAGGAGCCGCUGAAACCUGAUCCAGAAGCGCCAUCCAGCUGGAUUAUGGUGAUGGCGGUGAAACCGAAAUGUCUCGCAGCGUUCGGGAAGAACACCAAUAUUUAACAUGACCUUUGACCUUUACCUAUCACCUCCUGUGACAGAGCAACUGCAGGAAGACAGGCUGAGGCCUGCUGGUGAGUCCAUGGACCAGGAGGAGGUGAAGCUCUGCUCUUCCAUGCUCAUUAGAAGAUGAUUUCCGACUGACGUUACACUUUUUGAUUUGCGGAGCUUUGAGUUGCGUUGAUUUCUACAACCUCAGUCCCAGGUCAUAUUAAUGAUGGCGAGUGUCUGAACUGAGCUAACAUAACCAUCUGCUGACUGUGAGAUUUGGAAAAUCAGCACAUGGCUUCUGACCCCAGGAUUAUGAGACUCUGCAGCGAAGCCGAUGCUUAGUCAACUCACAGUUCACGGCUCCAGUGGACCGUUGGUGGAAAAAAUGACUGGUUUCACAAUAUCUCAAUAGACUGGAGUCAGCAAUGAUAACAUGCAAUAUCUUUAAUAGAGAGGGGCAAGCAAGUCCCCUGUCAGCUGUGCUUUCCACACCUGCUUCUGGGAAACUGAUGUUCUGAUGUGCUGUAUGGAGUGCAGAGUCCGGAUUCAACUGAUUCAUUGAAAAACAGGAAGUUUAACGGACCGUUCUGACUGUCGGGCGAGACGAGGCAAUCUCGCACUCUAACCCGUUCGUUCUGGUUUUAACUGUCAUGGGUCUGAACCCCGGCAGGAGUACCUGACCGAACCAGGGAAUGGUCGGCAGCUCAAUAAAACUCUGUGUUUGGAGCACGCGAGGGCGAGGUCCAUCUUGAUCUCUGAUUCAGAACUCGAAGAAGAAAAAGUCCUCUCCCCCCCACUUACCUCUGGUGGGGGGGAGGGUGAAGGGUACUUUUGUUUUGUUUAGGAUUUAUUUUUCACACAGUAGGCUUUAGGCUGUGGAGUUAGGCGACUCUGCUCUGUGUAACUUCAGAUCCGGUCCAAGUUCUUCUUUGUCGUGUUAAGCUUCUUCUUUGCGUUCGGCCAGUUUGAGGGAGUUGUAUCCUCGGCCCUGUGGCUUAUUUGUGUCACCACUCUUUGAGUUAGCCUUUGGCUCUGCACUAGCAGUAGCUGUGACUCAGGCAGCAUUUCAUUCGGUGUGGAAGUUUAGCAUUUAGACUCAGUGCUGCCUUGAAUUGUAUUACCUGGAUCUAAACAACUGUGACAGCAUUUAGGCUAAAAGUGACCGUUGUCCACUGGGCAUUUCCAUAGCUAGCCUGAGGUUCCCUAGCCAUUAGCUUGAGUGCUACCUUUCAGACCUAUUAGUCAUGGAUGCUAAUCAGGGCCCAGGCCAGGGCAGUCCAGAAAGCCCUAACCGGGCUGUGGAGUAUCUUCUUGAACUCAACAACAUCAUCGAAAGCCAGCAGAAACUUUUAGAAACGCAGCGGCGCCGAAUUGAGGAGUUGGAGGUUCAGCUGGACCGGCUCAGCCAAGAGAACAAGGACCUCCGUUUGGACCGGCAGCCCGUCGUUCCUCCCCCCCCUGCGCCUCCUCCCGAGCCUCCUCUCCCUCCUCCUCCGCCACCACCGCCGCCGGCUCAGACCACGUCGGCUUCCAUUUCCACAAAGAAUCACCAUCACCACAACAGCCAGCACCAGGCUCCGGCACAGCCUCCCUGCUCCAUCCCCCUCCACCACCAGCAUCAUCAGGUGCACCACCACUCCUCCACCCACCACUCCCACUCCUAUAAUAGCACCAACAGCACUGCUCCGACUCCAAUUCCAGUUCCCUCUCCAACCUGCGCCCCAACACCUCACUCUGUACUGACCCAAAUUCCAGCUCCGAUCUCCUCUUCAGCCCCGGCUGCUCCUCCCCCACCUCCAAUUCCACCCAGGGAUCAGCCGCGAGCCCACAGCCGGCUGACCCGCAUGCCCUCCACCAGCACUGGCACCAACACCAACUUUGUGGAGAAAGAGAAGGAAAGGCUGGAGCGCCUGCAUAGAGCCAACGCUGCCAACAACCAUCACGCCCACACCCUCCACCACCACAAAUUUGUGGAGGGCGACUCUCAGUGUCCAGAGGCACUCACCUUUUCUGAUUCAUCCUUUGGCCAUCCACCUCCCUUCCAUCGCUAUAGCAACAGCCCCCUCUCCAGCCCCUGUGACCCCUACGGCUCUCCCUCCUCCGGUGGGCCCCUGGGAGCCUCCCACACACAUACACAGGGCAGCUCACCCAUCUCGCCUCCCAGCCCAGCGAGCCUCGCCUGGGCUCAGCGCAGCCGACACCAGCCAGCCAGCCUGGCGCUCCGCAAGCAAGAGGAGGAGGAGAGCAAACGCUGCAAGGCUCUAUCUGACAGCUAUGAGCUCUCUACAGACCUCCAGGACAAGAAGGUGGAGAUGCUGGAGAGGAAGUACGGGGGCCCGUUCGUGUCCCGGCGGGCAGCGAAGACGAUCCAGACGGCGUUCAGGCAGUAUCGCAUGAACAAGAACUUUGAGAGGCUUCGCAGCUCCGCCUCAGAGAGCAGGAUGACCCGCCGCAUCAUCCUGUCCAACAUGAGGUUGCAGUACUCAUUUGAUGAGCGUCAACCACAGGGUCAGGGACCACCAGGUCAGCAGGGCUCAGAGGACGCAGGAGAUGUGGACGACUCCUUCUCUAAGCAGGUUAAGUCCUUGGCAGACUCCAUGGACGACUCCCUCACCUGCCAGUCCGGCCGUGAAGACUCACAGGAAGCGGGAGGAGAUGGAGAGGAGGAUGAUGACGAGGACGAAGAGGAGGGCGAUGAGGAGGAAGAAGAGGAAGAGGAAGAAGGGGAAGAGGACGAGGAGGAAGACGAGGAGGAAGACUACAGACAGUGUGCGUGGCGCAACAGCACGACAUCUUCCCGACGUGCUGCGGGCCGGACGGGGGGAGGAGGGGGGAGGGCGGGGGCAGGAGGAGGUGCCUCCAUGCAUGAGGACAGCACCGCUACCUCCUUCAGUGAUGUCACCCUGUACAUGGAUGAAGGCUGCCUCCCCUCCUCGCCGCUGUCCCGUCCCGCCUCCAGCUCUGAUACAGAGUACUGGGGAGGAGGGGGAGGAGGAAGUGCAGGGGGGAGAGAAGACAGCAGGGAGACGGAGGGAGGCAGCAACACGAGCCGGAGGAGCAGCACCCCCUGCACAGAGUGUCGGGGCGAGUACCGAGGCAGGGGUGGAGGAGGAGGACAUCUCCCCGUCCUGACCAUCGAACCGCCCAGCGACAGCUCAGUGGACAUGAGCGACAGGUCAGAGCGAGGGUCUAUCGGACGCCUGGUGUACGAACAGGAGCCGUCAGGAGUCGAGCGGGGAGGAAGUGGAGAGAGGGAUAGGAGGGGGGGAGGAGUGGAAGGUGAAAGUGGAGAAGAUGAGCGAGGAGGAGGAGGCGGAGGAAGCAGCGAAGCCGAAUCUCCGCAGGGAACCAUCAAACACAAACCCAACGGUCGCUCGGUCGCCACGGCGCAGGGACAGACUCGCAGCCCCUCCAACGUCCCCCUGCCGAUGCCUUCGGCCCGCACCCUGCCCUCGCACCCGCUCCCUCACCCACUCCAGCACCCCCACCCUCACCCUUCACCCAUCCCCCACCUCCCCACCAUCCUCGACCACCACCCUCAGUACACCCAGCAUCACAUGAUGCACAUGCACCACGGACACGGCGGCAGCCCUUACAUGCAGCACGCUCACCACUUCGCCCAGCACCACUACCACCACCUGCACCAUCAACACCACCACCUCCCUCACGCUUACCCCGAACCCCCUUCUUCCCCGCUGCCAUCUCCCGUACCGCCCCUCACACCUCUCUCCCCCCUGCCGCCGCUGACGCCCUCGCCGCUGUCCUCGUCCUCCUCUGCGCUCCAAAGCAUGGAGGCGCAGCAGCACCACGCUCACCACCCCCACCUCCACCACCACCACCUGCUCUGCUCUGACGGAGACAACGAGAGCGUCAACUCCACCACCACCAACUCCAACGAUGACACAACGGUCAACAACUGCAGCUCCGGCUCUUCGUCCCGCGACAGCCUCCGGGAGCCAAUCGGAGGAGCUGCGCUGGGAAAGCAGACCUAUCAGAGGGAGAGCCGUCACAGCUGGGACUCGCCUGCGUUCAACAAUGACGUGGUGCAGCGGCGGCAGUACCGCAUUGGACUCAACUUAUUCAACAAGAAGCCGGAGAAGGGGAUCCAGUACCUGAUCGAGAGGGGGUUUGUGUCAGACACGCCAGUGGGCAUCGCCCGCUUCAUCCUGGAGAGGAAAGGCCUGAGCAGGCAGAUGAUCGGAGAGUUUCUGGGAAGCCGGCAGCAGUUCAACAAAGACGUCCUUGACUGUGUCCUGGAUGAGAUGGAUUUCUCAGGGAUGGAUCUGGACGACGCUCUGAGGAAGUUCCAAGCUCAGAUCAAAGUUCAGGGUGAAGCCCAGCGGGUGGAGCGGCUGGUGGAGGCCUUCAGUCAGCGAUACUGCGUUUGUAACCCGGUGCUGAUCCGGCAGUUCCAGAAUCCAGACACCAUCUUUAUCCUGGCCUUUGCCAUCAUCCUCCUCAACACAGACAUGUACAGCCCCAACGUGAAGCCGGAGAGGAAGAUGAAGCUCGAGGACUUCAUCAAGAACCUGCGUGGUCCGGCAGGUCACAGAAGUGUGUGUCUGUCUGUGUGCGUGUUGCAGGUGCUGUCGCUGCCUCAUCGCAGGUUGGUGUGCUGCUGUCAGCUGUUCGAGGUUCCCGAUCCAAACAGAGCUCAGAGGAGCGGCGUCCACCAGAGAGAAGUCUUCCUGUUCAACGACCUGCUGAUGGGAUAUAAAGUCACCAGAACAACUCACUUAAAUCUAAACCAAGAUUAUCCUCACGGUAUCCGGCUGACGUCCGCGAACCCCGGAGGAGAGAGGAAGGUGCUGAUCGUCUUCAACGCUCCGAGCCAGCAGGACCGGGCACGCUUCACCUCUGACCUCCGAGAGAGCAUCGCAGAGGUCCAGGAAAUGGAGAAGUACAGGGUGGAGUCUGAGCUCGAGAAGCAGAAAGGCGUCAUGCGUCCUGGCAUGUUGACAGGCGGAGGACCGGGAGGCAUGGGCACUCAAGGAGGCGGGGCAAACAGUGGUGGAGGAACCUUAAAGAGUGAGGUGGUGAACGGUACCCUGGGAAGGCCGAGCCUCGACGACACGUACGCAACAGUGGACGGACUCAAGCGCACGGCACUCAGCUCGUCGCUCAGAGACCUCUCAGAGACAGGGAAGCGGGGUCGUAGGAACAGUGUGGGGUCACUGGACAGUACCAUCGAAGGUUCCAUUAUUAGCAGCCCCCGGCCUCACCAGCAGCGCCCUCUGCCUGAUGGAGGUCUUUCCUACAGCCCUAUCAUGGUUCCUACAUCUCCAGCAGCCUACCGGCCACACCGCCCUACUCAGAGCCCCGGUACGGGGGUGGGGGGUGGGCCGGGGCUCUGUCACAACCAGGGAGGGGUCACCCCCUCCCCACUCGCGAGCGGGGGAGGGGUUGGGGGCGGCGGAGGGAUGCCGGCAGGGGGCGGACCGACUGGCGGAGGCCGACUAGGGAAUUUCUUCGGCAGUCGCAGAGGCAAAGUUCCUGGUCCCCUGACGAUGACCUCACCGCCUCCACAGGGUCCCCCGAGUCCCCUGAUGAUAUCAUCACCCCCCCACUACCCCGCCCCCGCGCCUCCCAUCGCCCACCCAUCCUCCCCUUCCCCAUGCCCCUCCCCAUCGCCCAACCUCGGGCAGUCGGACUCGGGAGGAGUUGGAGGGGGAGGCGGUACGGCAGGGGCACAAUCCAAGCUCCAAGCGUUGCACGCCCAGUAUUGCCACGCCAACAGUGGAGGAGGCGGAGUCAGUGUUACUGGGCACCAGCAGCAGCAGACACCACCCCCACCUUACCAUCACCAUCACCGCUACCACAUGCAGAGCGUGCCGCAGCACCACGUCCUCUCGCACAGGUUUUCCGCACCCCGACGGCAAGGCCCGUCCGGCUGCGCUCCCUCUCAUACCCAGCAGCAUCAGAGGAUGCAACAUGUCAUCAUUCCGCACCCGCGCUACAACAUGGCGUCAGGCUUCACCACGCCGCCGCCGCUGUCCCCGCACUCCCCUGUCACCCCCAUUACCCCACACGGACUCUUCCACUCGCACCCCGCGGCGGGGAGGCCAGGUGGAGGGGCCAAGCUCCCGCUGACCAUCUCGCACUCGCAGCCCCACCCCCACGCUCACACACACUCUCACAACCACGCCGUGCACGCACACUCCCCGCUCAGCCCGUCCCCGUCCGCCUCCCCCUCCACCCACUUCAUCUUCUCCACCCCGCCGCCCCAGACUCCCUCAGCACGCCUCGUCACCCAGACGCCUCCGAAACCAUAUACCCCCCAGUACCCACCGCUUUCGUCCAUCCCGCCUCCCCCGCCGCAUUCACCCUUGCCUCCCCCGUCAACCGCCCCGCUCUCCCCGCACCCCCCGGGGGUGGGGGGCAGCCAAGGGGGCGGCCCCAAAUCCAAGCCCGUCAGCCGGAUCAGCACGGUCGUGUGAGGAGGCAGAAGUCUAGGACAGUGGCGCGUCACCCUGCAGUGAGCCGCCGGGGGGUGGUAGUGAGCAGGAGAGGGAGGAGGAGAGGUGGAGGAGGGGGAGGACAAAUGCAGCCGUAUGAAAGCGGACGCCUGGUGAGGAGGAGAGCGGUGAGAGCGGGGAAGAGGAAACUUCUCAGCCUGUGUUAUUUCCACAUCCACUUCCCCCGCAGGUAGAAAGACGCACACACACUGACGGAUGCUUCUUACAGGGAGCACAUCCUCCCAGAAAAAGCUGCUCGCGGAGCGAAAAGCAUCCCGAACGUGAAUCAUGCCGUUUUCAGUCACGUGAAGAUGAAAACACCCACAUUGUCCCGAUGUCUUGGUGAAAACGUCCUCAUCUUCCCCCCGUAGUGCCCUUCAGAGGUGAGCUGGGAGGACAUAUUUGUAGUUCUUCAUCGACAGGGGAAGUGUUCGUGCCACAUCGUAGGAAUUUGUGUGCUGUUGUGGAAAAAAACGGUUCAGGGACCAGACGUGAAGGGAACAGUGCCUGAGAAUAUACACCCGAGGAUUACGCCUGACGUAAUGUACAGAGAGCGGAGAACGAAGCGAGUCCGGGUCGCGUUUUCCAAAAAACGCAGUCGUCUUACACCACCUUGUUUUCCGCACAAAAGCUCUCUUGUUUUGGUUGUUGACAUAUUUACAAGCCAUGAGGCGUUACGGACAAGCAGAGGUGGUUAGCGUUAAUAUGGUGCAGUUUCUGUGUCUUAGACAGGCAUGCAUGACCUGUGCAAUAGCUAAUAAGUGUCAGUGUGACUGUGGUUAAACUUCUAUAUGCAGGGGGAGGGAGUUGUUGUGAUUUAAAGCCCCAAUCCAGCAUUUAUUUGGCCAUAAGAAGUGAAGAAUACGGAACACUUGACCGUCUAGGUGGACAAUAAACUUUCUAAAACCUUUAAAUAAGCCAUCAUAACAAACUCUCCAGGUGUCUUUUUACCUUUGCAAAAAUAACUAAAAGCCUUUAGCGUCUGUGGAUUACAGGGUUUCAGCAGGGACUGCUACGCUGUUGUUUUGGAUUGGGACUUUAAAGAAAUUCCCAAUUAUUUCCUCAUGUAACGGGGAUUUAUUUGAUCAUUUGUGCUAAACCUGUGAAUGCUCUCCCUUGUUAUUAAGUAUAUAUGAAAGCAUAAGCCUGAAUUUGUCACAAAUUAUGAUAUACUCAGAUAAUAUAACACUGCAGCUUUCAGCUGUACUUCAUGCUCCAUGUUGUAUGUGACCCUCUACGUUGCCACAGACGGAGAUUGGGCCCAAAGCUGCCGGACAGGCAAAUGAGAGCUGCGGUACCUAAACGAAGUGAUGCAACUGUUCAGGUUAAAUAACGUGUAACUCUCUCUCUAACUUAUCAUCUUAACAGAACUGGGUGGGAAAUUAAAGGCUUGGAUUUACUUUACGAAACCAACAUUUUGACGCAAGACUCGUUUAAUAAUUCUGAUAAUCAAUCUUCAUCACAACGUACCAAACGUUUAAAAUGUUUCAUUUUUGUUUUGGUUCACAGCAGAACGUCGAUCACUGAUGAGGCUAAAUUAUGUUAAACAUCUUCAGAUAAAGAUCCUUGAAAUCAGGAUUAGGAGCCGUAAAGAAAAUAAAUACGAGUGAUUGUCUUUAGAUGCACAGACAGAUAUUAUUUAGAUUAUUUCAGGAGAGUACUUUUUUUAUUUUAAAUUACUGACAUCCCCUGAACUCAUCGCAUGCAGGUGAUCAUAAAGUUAUUGAUUUGAGAAGCUGGCAGCUAUAAACAGACUCAUGAUGUGUGAUUGUGUGUUUAACUGCACGAGUGAGUGACUGAAGUCAUUUGUCACAACAAACCAAAGACGACAGUGAAAUGAAAUUCAAUAAAACUCGCCAGGUUUCAUUUGUAAUAAACACGAUUUAGACAAUCAGACUGGAUUUUUUUAAACUAUCAGAACUUCCUCUUGCCCUGCUUUCUUUAUUACAACUCUUUAAAGGCACGUUUAAGGGUUAAGACUUUGCUUUAGCUUUGGCACUUAGCAGAAGAGGAGGGCAAAGACCCUGUGGCACCACCACUUGUGACCUUGUUGCCUUUGAAGUGGUUGUUUCAAAGAUGGGGGCCAGGUCUCUAGCUGCCAUCGUCACAGCAACUUUGGUGCAUCGAGAUAUCGAUAAAAAUGCAAUAUGACGAGUCGGUCUGCUAUCGAUCUGCUGCCAGUCUGUGACUGAAUGAGGCAUUUACAUGCAAUCUGUUUGUGAUCGGUGCAAAUCUGCUGCCAUCGACAGACACAGAAGUUCACAUGAAAUCCUUACAGUCGAACCUCAUUGAUUUGAAACAGAAAUUCCUUCACAAGUAGUGACGUAGUGCUGCAGGGUGACGAUUUAACUCCAGAAUAACACGGGUGUAGGAGCUUAACCAGAAUGCAACCGCCACCAGAGAUGCAGAAUAUGUACGCCUAUCAGGACGGGCUGACUCGGACUGAUUAACAUGUCUCUGUACAAGCCUUCACCAGUCAGUCUGAGCCGGACUGCAACUGUUUGGAGACAGGUGGCCUCCCAUAAGGAGGUUGCAGUCCCAGUUUUAUUCCAGUGUGACGGAGUCAUAGAAUUAAAUAUAGCAACUCAGGUUAGUCUUUACUAAGGUUCAGACAAGUGGGUCAAAGGGUGUUUUUCCAAUAAACUUGAUACAGCCGGCCUUUGUUUUGUAACCAGACUAGUUGCCCUCUGACUGACUGCCGUCAGAAAUCAAUUGGAUUUAAGGCGCUUCAGCACCUACGCCUGUCUUCAUAUGUAAUGGGUAGAAAACACUGGCAACAAGGAGCAAGCUUUAUUCAAAUAAAUAAGAACCUACUCAUCCAGAUGAUCUCAGAUUCACCUCUGCACUUACUUGGGUUCUCAGCAGUGGUUUGAAACUCUCUAUUAUUUUACUAAGAUAUGAAACAAUUGAGAAAAUAUGAUAAAUGGAAAAUAAGGGUUAAUUUCCCACCCAGUCCAAACUGCGUUAGCGUGUGAAAAACUCGGAGGGUGAAUCAACUUUAAUCCCAUUCGAUGUGUGGCAAAAUAGAGAAUAAGGUGCCUUCAGACAUAGUGAUGGUACAAUAUAAAUAAUAAUGUUCACAAAAGACAGUUCAGCGUCUAAAUCAAUAAUAUAAUGAUUUGUGUCCAUUCAAAACAGCAAAUCGAAGCCAUUUACUGCAUUUUUUAAAAGUCUGGCUGAAGGACUGAGCCGCUCGUCGCCUUGUUCAUCCAACAAAGACACAAAGGAGCCUGAAACCUGGACCGAAUUUCAUUCGAAGGACUCGCUAACAUCUCACAGGACUGAAGUGCAGAACAUGUUUCCGUGUCACACCGAGUGAAAUCUUCUUGAACAAACUCAUUUUUACACAUUUUUGCACUUUGAGUUCAAAUCUACCAUGCCAGUAUUGAAGUGUAUUUCCUUUCUUCCUUUAAUCAGUCUCACCGGAUGUCAGGGCAGGAGGCCCGUGAUGGCUGGUAGAAAGUUCUUCCACCACUUGAACGAUUUUACCAGCCAUUUGCAUUUUUUGACUAGAAAUGAAACUUUCAGUGUUGGUUGCUAGUCAGCCUCAUAUAAAUAUUUGCCAGAGUUUAACUGGUGGAUGAUGGGAAAUUCCUCUGAAUGCAAACAUUAAUGACAUAUUUUUAGUCUCCCUGUGAUGACGUGAAUGCACCAACUGUAGAUAUUAACUGUACAGUGUGUUCUGUUUUCAGUGGGGCCAACAGCAUCGAUCUGUAACUGAGGUUCAGAAUUGUUUGGAUUAACAAAACGUGUGCUCUAAAAACCAAAGUUCAUCUGGGUUCUUCGGGCUAGUCGGGCUUCUUAGUGAGCACAGUAAAGCCCUGAGUGUGCGAGGUUUGUGGGAAUACAGUCACAUAUUGGAAUCGUUUGACGGCGUUCCUCAGGGAACCAUCUUGGGUUCCCUGUUGUUUUCAAUCUGAAGAACCCCUUUGACUUUUUAGAGCGUGCUACUGAUAUUAUUAUCAAUAUUGUUGUGUGGCAAGCUUCUACUAACAUACUGUACUCCUUGGGCUGCUUUGUAUUUUUAGCAUUUUUAAUUUUGUUAUGUGCUUAUAAUGUGAGAUUUUUUUUCUUUUCUGAUUUGGGCAUCUUAUGGAAGUAUUCAAUCCUUUUUAAUUUUAAUAUAUUUAAAAAAACAAACAAUAAUGAUUUUCUGUAACUGACAUACAAGUUCUUCUAAUAUUUUGAUUAUAGACUGUGAUAAUUACUUUGACUCAACCCACAGCAUGCUCAAGCAAACACACGCCUGCACACCUCUGAAUCAUCACAAAGCCUCUCUUCACCCUUUUAAUGGAAACAAGCAACACCUCUGCUAUCAAACAACAUUGAAAUUAACACUUCAUGUUGAGCUGCUAAGAAUUUUUGGACCGUAGGGCCAUAGCAUGCAUCUACAAUCACCUGCAGAAAGACUUUGUCUCUUUCUAAAGGCCUUACAGUAACCACGCCGACUCCAGACUAAAGCGGCAAACACCACAGAAACAUCAAAACAAAGUUCUCGAGGAGCACUGGAUCAAACCUACCUCGUAAGGGAAUACACAGCAUUUCACUCAGUCUCAGUGCAUGCCCAAGCACAUCCUCAGUAAACAUCCCAUCUUAAAGCUCCGUACCCCUCGUUUGCAUGUUUAUGAACUUCAAACCGUAUUUACUUUGUGUUACGGCACCACCAUGUUGAGAUUUGUUACCUUCCUACGUCCACUGUUCGGUUUAAGUUUCACUUGCAGAGAACUUGACACUUGCUGCAGAUAAAUCAUCACUGGUAACAUCUAAUAAGGCCCAGGGGCCAGACCAUUCCCACUAUACCAGAGCAAUCACAUAAAAGAAACAGAGAAAUGAUUGUAAAGUUCCUGUUUCUUCACUUUCUGCUAUAGAAAUUUCAGUUGUUUGGGUUUGUUUUACAACAGGUCCACAGUAAAAAAUAAAGACAUUUUAA